AUGCGGACCGCCAAAGAAUUCAUGCGACUCAUAAAAGAAUUCAUGCGACUCGCCAAAAGAGUUCAUGCGGCCCGCCAAAGAAUUCAUGGAACUCGCCAAAAGAGUUCAUGCAGCCCGCCAAAAAGAAUUCAUGCGGCCCGCCAAAAGAAUUCGACUCGCCAAAAAGACAUGCAGCUCGCCGAAAAAAAUUCAUGCGGGCUCGCCAAAGAAUUCAUGCGACUCGCCAAAGAAUUCAUGCGGUUCGCCAAAAGAAUUCAUGCGACUCGCCAAAAGAAUUCAUGCGACCCGCCAAAAAGAAUUCAUGCGACUCGCCAAAAAAGAGUUCAUGCGGCCCGCCAAAAAAAUUCAUGCGACUCGCCAAAAAAAUUCAUGCGACUCGCCAAAAGAAUUCAUGCGACUCGCCAAAAGAAUUCACUCGCCAAAUCGCCCCCGCAGUUCAUGCGGCUCGCCGAAAAGAUUUCAUGCGACUUGCCAAAAAGAAUUCAUACGAAAAAGAGUUCAUGCGACUCGCCAAAAGAAUUCAUGCUCGCCAAAAGUUCAUGCGGCCCGCCAAAAGAAUUCAUGCGGCUCGCCAAAAGAAUUCAUGCGACUCGGCAAAGAGUUCAUGGCCCUGCCAAAAGAAUUCAUGCGACUCGCCAAAAGAAUUCAUGCGGCCCGCCAAAAAAAAGAAUUCAUGCGACUCGCCAAAAACUCGCCAAAAAGAAUUCAUGCGACUCGCCAAAAGAAUUCAUGCGGCUCCGCCAAAGAAUUCAUGACCUGCCAAAGUUCAUGCGGCCCGCCAAAAGAAUUCAUGCGGCUCCGCCAAAAGAGUUCAUGCGGCCCGCCAAAAGAAUUCAUGUGCGACUCGGGUUAAAGAAUUCAUGCGACUCGCCAAAAAGAAUUAAGGCGACGCACCAAAAGAGUUCAUGCGGCCCGCCAAAAAGAAUCUUCAUGCGACCUUUUAAAGAGUUCAUGCGGCCCGCCAAAAGAAUUCAUGCGACUGCCAAAAGAGUACAUGCGGCUCGCCAAUUCAUGCGACUCGCUGCAAAAGAAUUCAUGCGACUCGCCUGCCAAAGAAUUGAUGCGGCUCGCCAAAGAGUUCAUGCGACUCGCCAAAAGAAUUAUGCGGGUCGCCAAAAGAAUUCAUGCGAAUCGCCAAAAGUUCUGCAGCCCGCCAAAGAAUUCAUGCGACUCGCCAAAAAGAGUUCAUGCGACUCGCAAAAAUUCAACGACUCUCACAAAGACAUACGACUCGAAAGAGUUCAUGCGGCUCGCCCAAAGAAUUCAUGCGACUCGCCAAAAGAGUUCAUACGGCCCGCCAAAAGAAUUCAUGCGACUCAUAAAGCCAAAAUAAUUCAUGCGACUCGCCAAAAUUCAUGCGGCCCGCCAAAAAAUUCAUGCGACUCGCCAAAAAAUUCAUACGCCAAAAAAGAGUUCAUGCGACUCACAAAAGGCCCGACUCGCCAAAAAAUUCAUGCGACUCGCCAAAAAAGAAUUCAUGCGACUCGACCUUCGCUGACCCGCCAAAGAGUUCAUGUGGCCCGCCAAAAGAAUUCGCCAAAGAGUUCACUCGCCAAAGAGUUCAUGCGGCCCGCCAAAGAAUUCAUGCGACCCGCCAAAAGAAUUCAUGCGACUCGCCAAAAGAAUUCAUGUGGCCUGCCAAAAGAAUUCAUGCGACUCGCUGAAAGAAAUUGCGCGACUCACAAAGAAUCUAUGACUCGCCAAAAAGAGUUCAUGGACUCGCCAAAAGAAUUCAUGCGACCCGCCAAAGAAUUCAUGCGACCCGCCAAAAGAAUCUGGCGCGGCCCGCCAAAAGAAUUCAUGCGGCCCGCCAAAAGAAUUCAUGCGACUCGCCAAAAGAGUUCAUGCGACUGGCCAAAAGAAUUCAUGCGACGCGACAAAAAGAGUUCAUGCGGCUCGCCAAAAGAGUUCAUGCGACUCGCCAAAAGAAUUCAUGCGACUCGCCAAAAGAGUUCAUGCGGCCCGCCAAAAGAUUCAUGA